GCAGUUUCCCAUCCAUCCAUCCAUCCAUCCGUCCAUCCGUCCAUCUAUCCAUCCAUCCUUCGCACGUUCGACGGGUUUCCAUCUUGCACCUUUCAUCCAUCGAUUGACGGUAUCGUCAUGUUGGUGCUUUUCGAAACACCUGCGGGGUACGCCCUGUUCAAGCUCUUGGACGAUGGAAAGCUCAAGAAGCCGGACGAUCUCUACAAAGAUUUUGAGACUGCGGACCAGGCGAACAAAACUGUGAAGUUGAAGGCAUUUGGAAAGUUUGAAAACACAACAGAUGCCCUCUCUGCUGUAACAGCGUUGGUGGAAGGCAAAGUCUCCAAAAACUUGAAAAAGUUUUUGGGUGACGAGUUGAAUGCAAAGGAUUUGAAAGACCAACUGGCGGUCGGGGACGCGAAACUUGGAAGUGCCAUUGCCAAGAAACUCGGGAUCAAGGUGGUUUCUGACGCUGCUGUCAAUGAAUUGAUGCGCGGAAUUCGUUACCAGCUCUCUUCCCUCAUUUCUGGAUUGCCGGAACAAGACAUGAACGCUAUGGUUCUUGGUCUGUCACAUUCACUUUCCCGAUACAAGCUCAAGUUCAGCCCGGAUAAGGUGGACACGAUGAUUAUUCAGGCAAUUGCCCUUCUUGACGACUUGGACAAAGAACUCAACACUUACGCCAUGAGAGUCAAGGAAUGGUACGGAUGGCACUUCCCCGAAAUGGGCAAGAUUGUGGUGGAUAACUUGGCAUAUGCUCGUACCGUGAAGGUUAUGGGAUUCCGGAGUAAGGCUGAAGAGACGGAUUUGUCGGAGGUCCUUCCUGAGGAGUUGGAGAAGGAAUUGAAAGAGGCGGCAAAGGUCUCGAUGGGUACUGAGAUUAGUGACGAGGAUAUUGAGAACAUCACCUAUCUGUGUGAUCAGAUUAUUUCGAUUUCCGAAUACCGUACGCAAUUGUACGACUACCUGAAGAACCGCAUGAUGGCCAUCGCACCUAAUUUGACGUGUCUGGUGGGAGAAUUGGUCGGUGCACGAUUGAUUGCGCAUGCUGGAUCUCUUUUGAACCUCGCUAAGCAACCCGCAUCCACCGUCCAAAUCCUUGGUGCUGAAAAGGCGCUUUUCCGUGCCCUCAAGUCGAAACACGACACACCCAAAUACGGACUUAUAUACCAUGCAUCAUUGGUGGGUCAAGCAGGACCGAAGAUCAAAGGAAAGAUUGCACGUACUGUUGCCACAAAGGCGGCUCUGUCUAUUCGUUGCGAUGCAUUGGGUGACACAGAAACACCCAACAUUGGUAUUGAGCAGCGGGCAAAGGUCGAGGCACGAUUGAGGCAGUUGGAGGGUAAGGCGGUUCGCGCCGCCAUUGGUUCGGCAGCAAAGGGCAAGCCAUCACAAAAGAAGUACGAGUUCAAUGGUGCACCAUCCUAUAAUGCGGCAUCCGAUGCUGUGGUGCCUACCACUCCAGCAUCAGAGAAGAGCAAGAAGCGCAAGGCGGAGGAUUCAGAUGAAGAGGAGGACGCUACACCAGCGACUCCUACACCAGAAGUGAAGAAGGAGAAAAAGUCAAAGAAGUCGAAGAAGACUGAGGAGGCAGACGGCGCGUCAGACACUCCAGAUAAGAAAAAGAAGAAGCGAAAGGUUUCAGAGGAAGCAGAGGUGAAUGGGGUAAACGGCGAGGUGAAUGGCGAAGAGAAGACAAAGAAGAACAAGAAGAAGUCGAAGAAGGAUUGAAUACUGUGAAUAUUGGGGCUGGGGGAACGUAUAAUCAUAAACGCAACCGGAAGGACGAUCCGAGUGGUCACGCAGGUGGUUAGUGUGCGGGUGGGACUAGGGUUGCAGUUGCGUUGCAUUUUUUAUUCUUGCUUGUAUCUAUUUUUUUCAAUUUUAAGAUUCCUAGAGAGGCA